UGUCGUCUACCCUAAGGAAUGGGGAGUGGAAUGGCCAAAUGACUAUUUGAGAUCCACAAGCUAUGAUGACAGUCUUGUGUUUCAGUGGUCGUAGUCCAAACAGAGUGGUCUUGUCAUAGCUGUCUAAGAACAGGUUGUUCGAGACAAAGGAUAAGGAAUACCUGGUUUUUGUAUGAUUCUGGAACGGUGUUCUUCACUACAUUUACCAGAAUGCACCGCGGCAGAUGUGACAGCCACCGAGGCAGAGAUUCCACCAUCCUUCAAUGUGUUUGUUGUGGAUGUUUCUGAAGGCAUGUUGCCUCCACCGCCAGAGAAACCGCUGACUUUGGGUUGUCCCCCAUUUUCUAUUUUUCGGAUGAAAUAUUAACUAUGUGUCGACGCAGCAGCUUGGAUUUGUUUGGAGACAUUUAACACGUUGAAGUGAGUCGGACGGGAAAAUCGACAAAAAAGGAAACGCCAGUAAAACAUAAAGAAUCCUUUUUCCCCCCUAAAGAAAUAUCAUGGCGUCUGUGUGGAAAAGAUUACAACGUGUGGGGAAACAUGCGUCCAAGUUUCAGUUCGUUGCUUCCUAUCAGGAGCUGAUGGUGGAGUCCACCAAGAAAUGGCAACCAGACAAGCUGGUAGUGGUGUGGACUCGCAGGAGCCGACGGAAAUCCUCCAAGGCUCACAGUUGGCAGCCAGGCAUCAAGAACCCCUACCGAGGAGUGGUGGUGUGGCCUGUACCAGAAAACAUAGAAAUAUCUGUCACACUCUUCAAGGUAGCUUUUCU